UGCAAGUUCAAUACUUUGCUUAUUUUGGCACGUGCAGAACUUGUGAAUCGCACGCUUCGAAGAUAAGGUCACAAAGCACUUCAUCCGUGCCAAGCAUAUGCUUAGACACGCUUGGCUUCCUUCACACGCGUGAGAAACCUAGCCUUCGCAUGCUCGCCGUCUACCACCCUCGAUCUCUCCCUCCUCCGCCGGAUCUUCGCCGGAAAACCUUCCGGAACACAUAAAUCUCCUCUCCUCUCCUUCUGGUUCUUUCUGUAGGAAAUAUCCUUCCUUCACUCUGCUCCGGCCAAUUCGCCGGAAUAUUUAUUCUUGUAUAGAUAUGAAUCUGGUUACUCAGCGAUAAUCGUCGGCUUCGGUAUAUUUCUUACAACAACUAGAUGCCAGACGAGACCGGUUUCUUUUGUUGAAAUCAGGGAGCUGAAGAACCAAACUUCAGUAAUCAUAUCAAAAAUGUCUUCUGGAAUACUUUAGUCCAAUUAUUAUGCUGAAGCAUGAUAAGUGUAGGCAAUGUCAUCUAUAUCUGAGGUUUGAAAUGUAGUAAAACUCGAGUAAAAGAAGUGGUAGAAAGCUGGAAUGGCAUCAGAGAUGCAGAGAUAUGAUACAAACGAAGAUGACGAAGAGAUGGGAAUGGAUGUGAAAGAAGAAGAUGAUGAGGAUGAGGACGAUGAAGAGAAGAAUGCUGCCAUGCAUGCAAUAGCAGGUUUUGAUGGGGUACAUGGAUCUAGCAGCAGUAAUAGGUUUCAACACCAUCAGCAAUAUCACGAGCAACCAACCCCAGGGGGAUCCCGUAGAUGUAGGCCAUUAGAAGAGAAGGAAAGAACAAAGCUUAGGGAGCGACAGCGAAGAGCUAUUACUGCAAAGAUCUUGGCUGGACUCCGAAGGCAUGGGAACUAUAACCUUAGAGUUAGGGCCGAUAUCAAUGAUGUAAUUGCUGCUUUGGCAAGGGAAGCAGGUUGGGUUGUUCUUCCAGAUGGAACCACCUUUCCCUCAAGAUCACAACCACAGGGCACAGAUACUGCUGGUGGAACACCCACUACAAUGGUGACUUCAUCAUCUUCACAUAUACCUACACAACAUACUCCACCUGGUUCGUUGAAAGGUGUGCCUUCUGGGUUUCAGAACACGGACGAUCAGAGUGCCUGUCAAAUGAAAAGUGUUUUUGUACCUACUUCAUCCCCUUAUGAUUCAUCAUCCACUGCGCGAUCACAAACUUCGGCCAUGGUGGCAGAUGGACUAGACACACAAAAUGACCCAUUUCUUGUAGGGUCUGUGGAUUCAAUUGACAAGCAGGUUGUUGACAUGCACACAAAACUACAGGAGCGUGAUUUUGCUGGGACACCCUACAUUCCUGUUUAUGUUAUGCUACCUUUAGGAGUUAUUAAUAUGAAGUCUGAGCUUGUUGAUGCGGAUGGUCUAGUGAAGCAGUUGAGAGUGCUAAAAUCAAUAAAUGUCGAUGGUGUGAUGGUGGAUUGCUGGUGGGGCAUAGUAGAGGCAAAUGCUCCACAGGAUUAUAACUGGAAUGGAUAUAAAAGGCUUUUUCAAGUUGUGAGGGAGCAUAAACUCAAAAUAAAGGUUGUGAUGUCUUUCCACGAAUGUGGAGGUAACAUUGGUGAUGAUGUUUGCAUUCCACUGCCUCACUGGGUAUCCGAAAUCGGUCGAAGCAAUCCUGAUAUAUAUUUUACAGACAGAGCAGGACGACGGAACCCUGAAUGUCUCUCAUGGGGAAUAGACAAAGAACGAGUUUUGAGAAGCCGCACCGCUGUAGAGGUCUACUUUGAUUAUAUGAGAAGCUUUCGAGUGGAAUUUGAUGAGUUCUUUGAGGAUGGUAUUAUUUCCAUGGUUGAAGUUGGACUAGGACCAUGUGGGGAGCUAAGAUAUCCCUCUAAUCCUGUAAAGCAUGGCUGGAGGUAUCCUGGAGUUGGUGAAUUCCAGUGUUAUGACCAGUAUCUGCUGAAAAACCUGCGGAAGGCGGCUGAAGCAAGAGGACACUCAUUCUGGGCACGAGGACCCGAUAAUGCUGGUUCUUACAAUUCACGGCCACAAGAGACUGGAUUUUUUUGUGACGGGGGUGACUAUGAUGGGUAUUAUGGUAGGUUUUUCCUGAACUGGUACUCUCAAGUUCUGAUUGACCAUGCAGAUCGCGUGCUUUCUUUGGCCAAGUUUGCUUUUGAUGGGACAUGCAUUGCUGCAAAGCUAUCAGGAAUUCAUUGGUGGUAUAAGACAGCUAGCCAUGCUGCUGAAUUAACAGCUGGUUUUUAUAACCCUAGCAAUCGAGAUGGUUAUGUUGCGAUUGCUGCAAUGCUGAAGAAGCAUGGAGCUGCAUUGAACUUCAAGUGUGCUGAAAUGAGGAUGUUAGAGGAGGCAGUGGACUUCUGUGAGGCUCUAGGUGAUCCUGAAGGAUUAGCCUGGCAAGUGCGGAAUGCGGCUUGGGAUGUUUCUCUGCCAGUUUGCAGUGAAAAUGCACUUCUGUGUCAUGAUAGAGGAGGCUACAAUUGUUUACUGGAAAAAGCGAAACCGCUGAAUGAUCCGGAUGUGAAACAUAUUUUUGCUUUUACCUACCUUAGGCUCAGUCCCCUUCUCAUGGACGGACAGAACUACAUGGAAUUUGAACGAUUUGUUAAGAGAAUGCAUGGGGAAGCAGUCCUUGAGUUCCCAUCGUAGUUUGGGAGAGCAAGCAAUCUUCAAAAUGUGCAUAAGUUUCAUCAUCCUUUGGGAAAGCAGGAUUAUAUUUAUUUUUAUAGUAUAAUGCAAGUCUAAUUCAGGAGAGCAGGCAAUCUUCAGCUUGUGCACAUGUGGGGUUAUAUUUCUUUAGUACAGUGUAAGGAUACACUUCUGAAGGAAAAAUGAUGAAGCUGCAGUGCUAUCUGUGUAUCUUCUGGUCAGUGUUGUAGCGCAACGUGACCUAAGAUAUAUUAUUCGUGUUGAAGAUGAUCACAUACCGUCUUGUAGAAAGCAAAACUAGCUUAAGUUGCUGAAAGGAUGGAUUACUAGCAAGAAGUAAUGAAGAAACUGUAUCUUAAAACAGUGAUGUACUUGUCAUAUAGAUUAUUCAAUCCGAUUGCAAGGUGUAGGAAUUAUGUUACAUGUGCCUUUAAAUAAGCAUAUAUUCAGCUCAAUAAUCUUUGGAACUGCAAAA